CGUCACACGAAUUCGGCCGCGGCUCCUCCGAUCCAGCGCCGGCGAUGGGCUGCGCGCCGGAGGCGGCCGCCGCGGCGUGCCCGGACUGCCUGGAGCGCCUCGUCCGCUCCGACCUCGACGGCUCCGGCCUCUCCUUCGUCCACGGCCUCUCCGACUCCCCGCUCCCCUUCGCCGCCUCCGCGGUCGUCCAGAUAGCGUCUGAUGGAGCCGAGGAAAGUAACGGGAGGCAGCACUGCUCCAGUUUUGUUUUAGUGGGCCUAUGCGGUGGCAAAGCGCCUUGUGGUAGUAAGAAAUGUGACAACAAUUCCUUGGAGAAUGGUAUUCAUAAAGAUCCCCAGGCAGAGCAAAGAAUAUAUAGUGAUGAUGACCAGUAUGCUGAGCAAUCAGAUUCCUCUUCUGGCAAAGGAUGCAUUGAAGAUCAUAAAAGUCCCUCUGGGCUCAGUAAGCAGCAACAGGUCAUAAGCACAAUUGCCAAAUUAACUCCCAUUUGCUAUCUCAGCAUAGGCCACACUUCAGAGGUUAGAGAGCUUAUCUCGACUUACCUGAACAUCUCAACUGAAGAGAAUGUAAUUAAUUCGUUAAAUCUGUUAUCUGAAAACAAAAUUAGUGGUUUUGCUGGAUUAGAUUUCCUCAGUUUUGUUGGAUUUUCAGCAUUUGAUGAUCUGCAUCCUUCUGGACGUGUGAGGCAUCCCAACAUCUUACCAGUGUUAGGUGUUCUAGAAACAUCUGAUUGUUGCUACAUGUUGCAUCCAAAGGCUCCAUAUACUUUGGAAAAUAUCAUGCACUACAGUCCAGAGGCAUUCUGCUCAGAUUGGCAUAUUAGAUUUCUCAUCUACCAGAUAAUAUCUGCUUUGGCAUACCUUCAUGAUUCAGGGGUUCAUCAUGGCAAUCUAAAGCCAUCAAAGAUCUUGAUGUCAGAUUCCUUAUGGCCUUACCUGAGCAUAAGUGAUACUUGUCCUGUAAAAUACAGUUGGGGUUUUGCCGAUACCAAAAACUCACCUAAUUCAUGCUGUUUUAUGGAGGACUGUUCCUCAAAAGCCAUUUAUACUGGUUUCAAACUGCAAUCAUCCUUGGAUUGGCAAUCUCACUUUAAGCAAUGGUGGAAAGGUGAGUUGAGCAAUUAUGAAUACCUUCUUGUCUUAAACAAGUUAGCUGGUAGAAGGUGGGGUGAUCCAGCUUUUCACACAGUGAUGCCUUGGGUAAUAGAUUUCACUUUGAUGCCUGAUGAGAGUUCUGAUAAUGGUUGGAGGGACCUGACCAAAAGUAAAUGGCGGUUGGCGAAAGGUGAUGAGCAGUUGGAUUUUACGUAUUCAUCAUCUGAGAUUCCACAUCAUGUUUCUGAUGAGUGUCUGUCAGAGCUAGCUGUCUGCAGUUACAAAGCAAGGAGAUUACCUAAGACCAUCUUGAGGUCUGCUGUGCGUUCCGUCUAUGAGCCCAAUGAAUACCCUUCUAGUAUGCAAAGGCUUUACCAGUGGACGCCUGAUGAAUGCAUUCCAGAAUUUUAUAGUGAUCCUCGGAUUUUCACCUCACUUCAUUCUGAAAUGAGUGAUUUGGCUUUGCCUUCCUGGGCAACAUCCGCAGAGGAUUUCAUUUGUCUGCACAGGGAUGCAUUAGAGAGUGACAGAGUAUCACAACAACUGCAUCACUGGAUCGACAUAACCUUUGGCUAUAAACUUUCUGGAGAAGCAUCUGUUGAAGCCAAAAAUGUAAUGUUGCCUCCUAGUGAUCCAUCUAGACCUAAAUCAAUCGGGCGACAUCAGCUUUUUACAAGGCCUCAUCCUAAGCGUCUUGUUAGCACCCCUCAUGCUGUCUACCACAACAAAAUGGAGUCCUGUGCUAGAUGCUGUGGCAAACAAAGUAGUGCAACAACUGAUGCAGCAUUACAUGGCAGUUCUCCAAAUGUGCUUUCAGAAAUUGGCUGUAUGGAGGAAUUUGAGAAAGCAACUCUGUUUGCAGAGCUUGAACACCAUUUGGAUCCAACAUAUGACUAUGGUGAUACUUCAACUUGUUGCUCUUCCGCCAAAUAUCCCAAGAGCCAAAUUGCAGAUCAGAUCUUGCAACAGGACUGUGCAAUGCCAGUUGCAGCUUUAUUUGAUUUUGGUUCCUUUCUUGAAUGCUUCGAAUCUGAUGGUGGUCCUGCAGGUUAUCAAGAACUGCUGCUGUGGAAUCAAAAGUCCCAUUCAGAAAAUGAGCUUCAUGCAAAUGAUGUAUUUUCUAUAGGGUGCAUGGUGGCAGAAAUGUAUCUGCAAAGGCCACUUUUUGACACUGCCUUGCUAGCUGCAUACAAAGAAAGUGGCAUAGUGCCAGGAGCAAUUCAAGAAUUGCCUUCUCAUGUUGCACUUCUUGUCGAGUCAUGCAUACAGAGGGAAUGGAAAAGGAGGCCAUCAGCAAAGCACCUUUUGGAAUCAUCAUACUUUCCUCCAUCAAUUCGAUCUGCAUAUAUGUUUCUUGCUCCACUUCAAGUUUUGUGUACAUCUAGAGAGCGAAUCAAGUAUGCUGCUAAGCUUGCAAGUGAAGGUGCACUUAAAGCUAUGGGAGAAUUUGCUGCUGAAAUGUGUGCACCUUACUGCUUAUCGCUUGUUUCAUCAUCUUUGUUAGAUGUUGAUACUGAAUCGGCCUUGUCUCUGCUUAAAGAAUUUAUAAAGGGCUUGAGUAUCCAAGCAACUAAGGAACUCAUUCUGCACAUCAUUCAGAAGAUCUUACAGGCACCAGAAUAUUCGCAUCUGAAGGUUGCCCUUCUUCAAGACUCUUUUGUUCGAGAUUUGUGGAAGAAAUUGGGAAAACAAACUUAUAUUGAGAAGGUACAUCCUUUGGUGAUCUCAAACUUGUACAAUUCACCUAACAAGAUCACUGCCUCUGCUGCAUCCACUGUUCUGAUCGUCUCAAGUGAGGAACUAGGAAUACCAAUUACCAUUCAUCAGACAAUUUUACCGCUAAUUCACUGUUUCGGCAAAGGAUUGUGUGCUGAUGGAAUUGAUACUUUGGUCAGGAUUGGUGGGCUACUUGGAGAAAAUUUUGUUGUCAAGCAAAUUCUUCCAUUGCUUAGGAAUGUUAUACUCUCAUGUAUCGAUUCGUCAAAGAUGAAUAAGCCUGAGCCACAGCAUAGUUGGAACUCUUUUGCUCUCAUUGAUGGCUUAUCUGCCUUGGAAGGCCUUGUCUCAGUUCUUCCCAUAAAAGCUGUUCUUAAAGAGCUUCUUCAGGACCAAGUCUGUCUUCAUGUAAAGGUUCUUAUGCAGAUUCACUUGGAUCUUCGUGUGAUUCAGGUGGCGGCUACCGCACUUGUUGACCUUUGUCGACGCAUUGGACCAGAGAACACUUCUAUAUAUGUUUUGCCACAACUGAAGGAGCUUUUUGCUGAACUAGCCUUUUCUCAUGAGUCAUCUGGUCUUAGCCUUCUUACGAAAGUGUUAAAAACUUCUGAAGGAAACAAAAGUGAGUCAAUUACAAUGGAAUCUCGAAUUGAUCUUGUGUUCCUGCUAUAUCCUUUUCUUGCAUCACUUGUUGGGAUAGAGAAGCUCCGGGAGUGUUGCUCAACAUGGUUUCUAUUGGAGCAAGCUCUUCAAAGGUUGUACAAUUGGAAGUGGGAGCCUUCCGGUGAUUGUUCUAAGAAUGCUGAAAAUAUGAAAGGGCAAAGGUUUCAGCCUGGAAACUCUAUCUCAUCAGAGUUUGUUCCAACCAAACUGCUUUUCAAUGGGGCAGGUUGGUCCGUGCCACAAUCAGAAACCACUAAAACGGGUCGGAAUGCUGCGUCCUCUAAGCCAGGAUCUAAGCUUGAGAAUGAGACUAACAGUGACAAUUCAUAUACUUCAAGUUCUGGAAAUCAGCCAUGGUUUUGGUUCCCCAGCCCUGAUAGUAGCUGGGGUGCUCCAGAAUUUCUUGGACGUGGUGGUGGUGUGAGAGAUGAACUUCCCUGGAAGAUUAAAGCUUCUGUCCUUUACUCAGCCCGUGCUCACCCUGGUGCUCUACGGUCAUUAGCAGUUCAUGAUGAUGAGUGCACAGUUUUUACUGGAGGAGUUGGUCCUGGUUUUAAAGGAAGUAUCCAGAGGUGGGAGUUGCCAAACAUGAAUUGCACGUCUGGUUAUUAUGGACAUGAAGAGGUUGUCAAUUCCAUCCGCAUCCUGUCAAUUACUGGCAGAGUGGCUUCUUGUGAUGGCACUAUUCAUAUAUGGAAUGGGCAGACAGGAAAGCUCAUUGCAGUUCAUGCUGAGUCGUCUACUACCUUCCCACUCCAAACUGCAUCUAUUGAGCAGGCAAACAUGCUUAAUCAGGAUGCACUCUCAGGUGGAAUAUUGUCAAAUGCAUUUCGUGGUAGUUUGUAUACGACUAUGCAUUAUAUGGAAUCUGAUGGUAUCCUUGUUGCGGGUAUGGGAAAUGGUUCAAUCAGAUUUAUUGACAUAUCUCGGGAUCAGAAGCUACAUUUAUGGAAGAGUGAUUCUGCUGAAAUAUCUUUCUCAUCCCUUGUGUCAGCUAUUUGCUCAUGUAGCUCAGACAGGCUUUCCAUACGAACCCCUAUGGCUUCAUCCUGGAUAGCCGCAGGUCUAAGUUCUGGUUACUGUCGGUUGCUUGAUAAGCGUAGUGGGAGCAUCAUUGCAGUUUGGCGAGCACAUGAUGGACACAUCACAAAGCUGGCAGCUCCAGAUGACCACUUAAUUGUAUCAAGUUCCCUUGACAAGACUCUUCGAGUUUGGGACAUCAGAGGGAAUCUGGCAAUGCAGUCAAACAUUUUCAGAAGUCAUUCAGAUGGCAUCUCCAACUUUUCUGUCUGGGGCCAAGAUGUGAUAUCAAUUUCAAGAAACAAAAUCGCACUGACUUCUCUUUCAAGGACAGCAAGUGAUAUUGGACAUCAGCAGCUUGCACUUCAGAACUUGUAUUCGGCUGACAGAGGAAUGAAACACAAAAACCUUUCUGUGCUUUCAACGAUUGAUGUGCUUCCGUUUUCAAGAUUGUUCGUGGUUGGAACUGAAGAUGGAUUUCUCAAAAUCUGCCACUAGUUGCUUCUAGUACUGGUAAUCGUGUCUCCAUUGAGCUGAGAAAUUUUGGGGUUUAUACCUCCCUCCUUGAGUUGAUUUUGUAGCAGUGCCUAUUGCCAUAGUUCGUUUUUAUUUUGCCAGGAGCCACACUAGAGUAUACACACGCAUAUUGUACAGGAAAUACAUUGUGUGUAAACCUUAUCUUUGAGUGAAAGCUUGAUAAUUUGUUUCA